ACACGUGACUUACCAAUACACCAUGAAGCUUGCUGUCGUCAUGAUGCUCGCCCUUGUGGCCACGGCGUUCGCCAUCCGUCUCGAGGAUGUGCCUGCGCUGUCUGUCAAGAACUCGGGUGGUUUCACCGAGGAGGAGACUCUUUCGCUCUUCCGCCAGUUCCAGGACAAGUACGGCGAGGUCUCGCCGUCUGAGAUCGAUCUCCGUCUCAACAACUUUAAGGACACGCUCCGUCGUGUGGCCAAGCAGAACGCGGCACCGGGCAACACUGCCGUGUGGGGCGUGACCAAGUUUGCUGCACUUUCGCAGGAGGAGUUUGCCAAGAACUACCUGAUGCGCGACCUGGACAUGGCCAAGGCGCCGAAGCGGACCGAGGGCGCCAAGGUUGCGCCGCUCGAGUCGACUGCACUCCCGUCGUCGUUCACCUGGGUCGGCCACUCGCCGCAGGUUGUCUCGCCGAUCAAGAACCAGGGCCAGUGCGGCUCGUGCUGGGCGUUCUCGGCUACCGAGAACAUCGAGUCGAUCUGGGCGCUGUCGGGCAAGCCGCUUGUGGUCCUUGCGCCGCAGCAGAUUGUCGACUGUGACACGCAGAUGCAGGGCUGCAACGGUGGCUGGCCGGUGAACGCCAUCCAGUACAUUGUCAAGAACGGCCAGGAGCCCGAGGCGGACUACCCGUACACCGCCCGCGACGGCACCUGCCAGUACUCGUCCUCAAGGUGGCCGCCCACGUCACUGGCUGGCGCUGGGCCUCGACCAAGAAGAACGAGACCGAGAUGGCCGCCAACCUCAUGGCAUGGGGCCCGCUCUCCAUCGCCGUCGACGCUUCGUCGUGGCAGACCUACCAGUCCGGCGUCGUCCAGGCCUCGGCCUGCGGCCACCAGAUCGACCACGGUGUCGGUGUUGUCGGCUUUGCCAACAUUGACUCGGCCAACGGCUACUGGAUUGUCCGCAACUCGUGGGGCACCUCGUGGGGCAUGGAGGGCUACAUCCACCUCCAGUAUGGCAAGAACACCUGUGCCGUUGCUGAGUUCCCGGUCACUGCUAUUGCCGACAACAACCCGUCGACCACCUCGUCGGGCAACUCGGGCAACUCGGGCCAUUCCACUGGCGGCACCUCGUCGGGCGGCUCGUCGGGCGGCUCGUCGGGCGGCUCGUCGGGCGGCUCGUCGGGCGGCUCGUCUGGCUACUCGUCUGGCUACUCGUCCGGCUCAGUCUAAGCAUUGAUCCAUUACACACACUCCUUUU